AUGUGGCUAUGGAUCGUUCCGUGAACACAAAUUUCCAAUAAAUUUUUUUUUUUUUAUUUUUUGUUUUUUUGGUGCCAAAUAUGGGAUGUGAAAUGGGUAUUUUCAGUGUGAGAUGUUCUGCAACUCUUUCCCUCUUCCUGUCAGUGAAUUGAAGUGAAGUGAAGGAAGGCCUUAACGUACCACCAGAGUUUUCCUCUCCUUCGGCCUUCGACUAAAGGAACCUGUAGACUCUUUCGUUUAUGGCGCAGUUCACAGUUCAAGGAGGUCUGAAGCUGCUCUUCCAUGGUGAUAGAUUGUCUUUUGGGUUCGAAGUUAAAGACCCGUUUCAUUAUAAACUUGGCGGUUUGUCAAGAUUCGCGGAAGGUCACCCCAUUCAACUCCUCGAUAAAAAUGUCAGGUUGCACAGUUCUACCCGUGUUAGUCGUUCUAGGAACAGGAAAUCGACCACCUCUAAUGCGGAUGUGCCUGACGACGUUUAUGAUGAAGACGGUGAAUAUGAAAGGGAUGACUUGGAUUGCUUCCGAGGUUUGGUCUUGGACAUCUCUUACAGGCCAAUCAAUGUUGUCUGCUGGAGGCGUGCUAUCUGUUUGGAGUUCAUGGAGAAGGCUGAUGUUCUAGAAUAUUAUGACCAGACUGUAAACUCUCCCAAUGGAUCCUACUAUCUACCAGCUGUCUUAAGGGUUCCCCAUUUACUGCAGGUUGUCAAGAGAAGAAGAGUCAAACAAAACCUUAGUCGUAAAAGUAUAUUUUUCCGGGAUAUGUUCACUUGUCAGUAUUGCUCUUCAAGAGAAAGUUUGACCAUUGACCAUGUUCUGCCAAUUUCUCGGGGUGGAGUAUGGAAAUGGGAGAAUCUGGUUACAGCUUGUGCGAAAUGCAAUUCAAGGAAAGGUCAGAAGACUUUGGAGGAAGCAAACAUGAAGCUGAACAAGGUCCCUAAGUACUCUUUGAUCUUGCAGGCCCCAAAAGAAUAUGACAUACUUGCGAUACCUUUGACAACUGCUGCUAUGAAAAUGCUGAGGAUGAGAGAAGGGACACCAGAUGAGUGGCGUCAAUACCUAGCGAAGCCAACUUCAGAGCCAUGAAGAUGGUUGUAAUGUGCAUAUCUAUACUCCGUACAUAUUGGAUACUGCCUGACCAAAAAGUAGUUGGAAAAGUUUAUCAAGUGCCUAGUUUCUUCUAGUGAGUCUUCUUGAUGCAUAUAUAGUUCAUGUAUAGUUACCGAAGCCCAAAAUGUUGUAAUUUCAUCUCAUUGUACAUUUACUGAAGCUUAAUAUGUUGUACUAUAAUCUCAUUAACCUUUACUUUGUGCC